GUGCACCGUGUAAGGGAAGAGCCUGGCGUUUCCUCAGAGGCGGAAGGCGUCUUCCCGGGCGACGACGCAGCGGGACAGCGUCCGCAGUCGCUAGGCUGCCGCAGCCGUGCCGGGCGGAGACUCGGCGGCGCGUUGUGGGGCGCUGGGUACCCUGCCUGCCUUGGCCGCUCGGCUCCGGGCUGUGAGGUGACUCAAACUGAAUUUUCCAGCUACAGAAUGUAUAGUUCCUCAAAAGGUAAAUGAAAAUUGAAGUUGUGAUGAAUAAACUGGAAUUAAAAGAAGACAAGAUGCUGAAGGUUCAAUUUGUGGGAGAUGAUGAUGUUCUUAAUCACAUUCUUGAUAGAGAAGGAGGAGCUAAAUUAAAGAAGGAGCGAGCUCAGCUUUUGGUCAACACAAAAAGAAUAAUAAAGAAGCCAGAAUGUGAUUUGGAGGAGGAAGUUGACCAGGAAGUCUUAAAAGAUCAGAACUAUGUGGAAGUUUUGGGAACAAAUGUUCAAGAAUCCUUGAAAAAUGGCUCUGCUACAGAUGGUGGAAAUAAAGUUUAUUCUUUUCAGAAUAGAAAGCACCCAGAAAAAAUGUCUAGAUUAGCUUCAGAACUAGCAAACACACCAAGAAAAAGUGUUUCAUUCAAUUUGAAGAAUGGUUCUGAAAUUAUGAUAAAUAUUCCACAAAGUAGCAAAGGACAAUCUGGUUCAGGAAAAGGUCAGCUAAAGAACAGUGACAAAAGUGAACCAACAUCAACAACACCUCGUAGUCUAAGAAAAAGAUUAAUAGUUCCAAGGUCUCAUUCUGACAGUGAAAGUGAAUAUUCUGCUUCCAACUCAGAGGAUGAUGAAGGGGUUGCACAGGAAUAUGAAGAGGACACUAAUGCAGUCGUAGUCAGCCAAAAGAUUGAAGCUCAGAAUAGAGUAGUUUCAGCUCCUGUUUGCAAAGAAACGCCUUCUAAGAAAAUGAAAAGAGAGAAAACAAGUGACUUAGUAGAAGAAUAUUUUGAAGCUCACAGCAGUUCAAAAGUUUUAACCUCUGACAGAACGCUGCAGAAGCUAAAGAGAGCUAAAUUGGAUCAGCAAAGUUUGCGUCACUUAUUGAGCAAGGUUUCUCCUUCCUUUUCUGCUGAACUUAAACAACUAAAUCAACAAUAUGAAAACUUAUUUCAUAAAUGGAUGCUACAGUUACACCUUGGAUUCAACAUUGUACUUUAUGGUUUGGGUUCUAAGAGAGAUUUACUAGAAAGGUUUCGAACCACCAUGCUGCAAGAUUCUGUUCAUGUUGUCAUCAAUGGCUUCUUUCCUGGAAUCACUGUGAAAUCAGUCCUGAAUUCUAUAACAGAAGAAGUUCUUGAUUAUAUGGGUACAUUCCGAAGUGUAUUGGAUCAGCUAGAUUGGAUAAUAAACAAAUUUAAAGAAGAUUCUUCUCUAGAACUUUUCCUUCUCAUCCACAAUUUGGAUAGCCAAAUGUUGAGAGGAGACAAGAGCCAGCAAAUUAUUGGACAGCUCGCAUCUUUGCGUAACAUAUACCUGAUAGCAUCUAUUGAUCACCUCAAUGCUCCUCUCAUGUGGGAUCAUGCAAAGCAGAGUCUUUAUAACUGGCUCUGGUAUGAAGCUACUACAUACAGUCCUUACACUGAGGAAACCUCCUAUGAGAAUUCUCUUCUGGUUAAACAGUCGGGAUCCUUACCACUUAGCUCUCUGACUCAUGUCUUACGAAGCCUCACCCCUAAUGCAAGGGGGAUUUUCAGGCUACUAAUAAAGUAUCAGCUGGAUAACCAGGAUAACCCUUCUUACAUUGGACUGUCUUUUCAAGAUUUUUACCAGCAGUGUCGAGAAGCAUUCCUUGUCAACAGUGAUCUGACACUCCGGGCCCAGUUAACUGAAUUUAGGGACCACAAGCUUAUACGAACAAAGAAGGGAACUGAUGGAGUUGAGUACUUAGUAAUUCCUGUUGACAGUGGAACACUGACAGACUUUUUGGAAAAGGAGGAAGAGGAGGCUUGAAGCUGUCCUUUACCCUCGAACCCCUCCAUGGAAGGUUGUGAUACCCCAGCGGCCACUCCUCUAGUUGAAAGUUUACAUCCAACAUUAGAUUAUUUUUCCACUGAACAAGAUUAAAAUUGGGAGGGGUAAUGUCAUCAAUUAGAAGUUUUGAUUAGCCUGGCUGGUAUACCGUGUCUCGUACUAUGCAGUGGUCCUCCAGUGGGAGAAAAUGUGCCUUUCAUUCAUUACCUCUGGAUUCUUGAUGGAAUGAACAGUGUGCUCAGGGACUAUCUGGAACUGGAUAUUUUUUGAAAAUUUUUUUAUACUAAAGAUAGUAUUCCUAAUUUUUUGAGGGCCUUUUAAUACUCCCCGAGCUAGCUGACUGUUUGCAAGGGUGCUGGUUCCAGAGUGUGAAGUACAAAGACACAGGCAUCAUGUAAAUCGGCUUUAUUUGCUGUUCGGUGUGUGGGAACCAGUGACUGCAAUAGAGAAGACGGAUCAUCUCUUACCAUUUCCGAAACGACUUAACAAAAGGUAUAGGCUGGGAAAAAGCGAGUGAUCUAGCUUUCUCCUUUUGGAUUUAGCCUACCUUCUUAGGGGAUGGGAUAAUGGGAAAAGUAUAAGGAGUUUAUUUGUAUAUUCAAUCUGGAAAGCAUAAGAACAACAGAUUAGGUUAGGAAUAGUUAAUAUCUGUGCCAUGAUGUUCAUGAUACAAGUGAGAGGCCAGGCUAAAGAAAUAAAAUCUUGAAAUUACAUGUUAGUAGCUUUUGAACAACAGAAAAUGACACUUCACUGUUACUGUACACUGACACAUUUCUCUGUUCUUGAAUAACAGGCAGAUGCGCAGCACUUUAGUGCUGGCUGCAAAUUAAUCUGGAGUCCUCUGUCAAGUAGAUGUGAACCUCAGUGUACGAUAAUUCCCAUUUUAAGGUGAUGGUUUCAAACCCGAAUAUUUAUACGAGCCUGUUUUCUUAGAGAAGAACAAAAAGCUACCCUUGGCCACCAUUUUCAGCUAAUAGUCUUCAAUCACCCCCUGAAAUAUUUCAUUGUUGGGAAUUACAUUGUUAAAGUAUCACUGUAAUAAACUAUGUACUGCAUCUGCAUUUUUCACUUAUUUCUUAUCUGAUAAAUUCCUUUCAUGAACAUACUUCUAAAAAUGCUUGGAUUUUUUAUUUUAAUUAGUGCCAAAGGAUAUUCAGUGGAAAUGAGGUUCCUUCCCAUUUUCUGAUCCCUAGUCCCUUAGGAAAAAACACUGACAGCAGUUUAAGUAUUCUUCCCAAGAGCCUAUGCAUAUGUAGGGCUCUCUGUCUUUUAAAAACACAAAUGACAAGAUAUUUGCUGGUUUGCACCUUGCUUUUUGCUUAAUAUAUUUAGUUUAUAAAACUUACAGUAUAAAAAAUGUGUGUAUAUAUAUAUAUAAAAUCUUAAAUGAUCUAAUGUGUAAAUUUUCACAUUUGCCCUUAAAUAUCUAGUUGUUUAUUUUUAUAAUUUUUGUGCGUAUUCUAUUUGCGGGCGUCCGUGUCAAUAGACUUUAUUAUCAAUAAAAGCCAGUGUGGACAGAA